GUUUCAUAUUUUGGAUUGGUUUGGUCGACCCUGAUCCGUUACCAAGUUCCAACCCAUACACACUCGAAAUUACCAUUUUAACCCGAACCUCCGACGAGAACCGUUAACCAAUCGAAAUUCUCCGCUUAUCACCUGGUUUCAUUGUUCCAUCCAUGUCUCGCAACGCAUGUGUGCGAUUGAACACUCUAGCUCACCUCGACCAUGUCAGGAGUAGAUUUCGCACAUUGGAUGUUCCUGCUGAGUCUUCAACUCGUUUACACUUUCAGUUUCAAAUGAAUCAUGCCCAAAUCACUAGGGAAUGUAUACAACUCCGGUGUGUGCGUGGUGGCGAUCCUCAUGAACUAUCAUAUUCUCCCAGCAGCUCUAUAGAGCAAGAAGCUUCAGAGGAAAGCAAUGAAACUCAAGAAAAGUCAUCCUCAUCAUCCGAGAUAUUGAAAAAGCUUAGAAGAUAUGGAAUUUCAGGGAUAUUAUCCUACGGGCUACUUAACACUGCUUAUUAUCUUUCUGCCUUUCUUGUGGCAUGGUUCUACAUUGCCCCAGCACCUGGUAAAAUGGGUUAUUGGACAGCAGUUAAAAGAUUUGUUAAAUUGAUGGCCAUGGUCUGGGCUGGAAGCCAAGUAACUAAACUUAUCAGAGCUGCAGGGGCUCUAGCACUUGCACCUGUAGUUGAUAAAGGUCUAUCAUGGUUCAUGGCCAAAUACAAGUUCAAAUCACAAGCAAAGGCCUUCUCAGUGAUCGUUGGGUGCUGUUUUGGGCUUGCUGCUGUGCUGUUUAUUGUUGUGACGCUGCUUUCGGCAUAA